AAGCUUUCAUUUGAUAUAGGGGCUUUUUAAGUAUCUACAGUUUAAACCGGACGCGCUAUAUCGCUUGGACGCAAAAAACCUCUAAAGGUAUACGGUAACCUUAAUUAGGAGAGCUGUUUUACUGUACACUUAUACUCGGUAGUGCUCUUAAAGUUCGUCCAAGGCAUAGGAUGCUUAAAACUAACCCCCAUAUUACUCAAAACAGAUAUCAGAAAUGCUGGACUUUGACGGUUACAUUUCAUUUACUUCCCAACCACAGAAUUGAACCAAGAAGAAUAUCAUCAGACACGAUUUUGCAUUCUCCUGUAAACUGGCAGCACUAGUACAGGGCUACAACAAUCAUCCGCAUCUGCCUACCCAACAAACAAAUGUGGUUAAACGUCCUACAGAAAACCCACCAGCUAUGACACAAUAUCAAAUCCAAUGUUUUUAUUAAACAAACACUGCUAGAUACACUUUGUUUUGAUUCUCGGUUUUUGUGCUCGCCGCGACACGCAAACCCUUUCACAUGUGUAAUACUGACGAUAAAGAGGAAAAGAGUCACGUGAUAGCACGACAUGAAGUUUUAUCUUUCGGAUUAAACCAAGACAAAUUACGUCUACGAAUGAAUCUUUCUGUUUAAGUCGAUAUAAAUCAAGUUGCGCACGUCGUCUUGAAUAAUUGAUUUAUGGUUUCUGGUGCCCCUCUGUUUGAGUGCUUGUGGAAUACCUGUCACUAAUAUGUCUUUAAUUGGCUUUGUUCAAAUUUAAUUGACUGGCUUUGCAAAUCACAGCAAGUGAUUUAAUGUUAUUUAAACGCCUUGUGCGACAAAGCAUCGAGGAUACCACUUUGCAACAAAUCACCCAACCUUGCGCUAAGCUCUUCGGUAUGAACUCUGAGGAAGGGCACGUGAAACGGCCCAUGAAUUGUUUCAUGGUCUGGAGUCGAGAAAAGCGCUACCAUAUCCUGAAAGAACAUCCGGGGAUUAACAACGCUGAAGUUAGCAAAGCACUAGGUGCAGCAUGGCGAAAACUCUCUGAGCAAGACAAAGAACCGUAUAUAGAGGAAGCGCGAAGACUCACAGAACAACACAAGAUGGAGAACCCAGGGUACAAGUACCAACCAAAACGACGCAAGUCUAAAAGGAAGAGAAAACCAGACAAGAAAACAAGUGCAUCAACAACGCCUUAUAAGAAAAGCGAAACCCGAAAAUCAUCUGGUGAAAAGAUAUACUUGCCGUUUAAAAUCAUGUCCAGGCCAAGCAUAUUGCAACUCGAUGAAUUGAGUGGAAGGCCUUCAGUUUGCUUUCCACCACAGCUUGGUUUGCCUUGCUUCUCGCCAGCCUUUCAUGCAGGCACACACGGAUUGUGUUCGUGUCAUCAUUUCUACCCUUCGUCUCAUUAUUACCCCUCUUGGGCUGGUGGACCGCAUGAGCAACUCUACAAUAUCGGCUGUGCUUCUUAUUUUAGACCUUUCAACGUUCAGGAAAAGCCACAACCAGAUCGCAAAGGGGAAACCAUCUUCCGUCAUUACAAGAUGUGAUUCAAAUCGUGAUUCAAUCUUUAAGUUUUUUUUAUUAUCAUUAUUAUUUUGUAUAUAGUAACUUAGCAGAAAAGUGUCUUGCUGAUAUGGAAAACGGUGCCAAAUUUGAGAUCAGAGAACUAUGACUGUCUCAUAGUACCCGCCACUAAUAACAUGCCAUGAACCAAUAUCUUUAAUAAGAGCCUCUUCCAAGCUUUGACACCUACAAAAUCUUUUUUUCAAACUCAUGUUUUCCUAUAUUUAACAAUGGCCAGGAGACUAUGAUUGAAAUUAACGUGGACCUCGGUCGUAAUUCACUAUAUAUGCAUUGUAGACUAUUGCCAAACUACCUUUAAUACACUGACAGUUAGCAGGCAACUUUAGUCACUUUAGUGGUUUGCAUGUUUAUCUUUUUGCUAAGAAGAGGCACUUGUUUUCACGCAGAGAUGCUAAUAACUUAAUCGAAAGCCACGCUUCAAACGAAAACAUGUCACAGCAUAUUUGACCACAAUACGUUGUUUACUAUGAAUUUGAAGUGAUACAAUAUAGUUUAUGAAUUCAGUCGUUCGAGCUGUGAUUUGAAAAGAUGAGAGGCCCCAUGGCGAGUGGCUGGGCCCGUUUUGAUUCAUACGUACAACUCCCUCCCCAAAUCCUGGCGCAACGAGUACUUCACUUGAACACUUACCUCAAGAUUAUUAUAGUGCAAUUACAAACCGAAAUGCAACAUGGUCAUGAUGCAACAUAUUGCACUUUUCAAUACUGUCUUUAAG